AUGGAUGCUGAUGGUCGCGUGUCCAAGUCGUACGAUGAAGAUGAUGAUACGCAUGACGAUGAAGUAAACGAGUCGGGAUUGCGCUUCGACACCGACGACACAACGACAAAGCGAUACACAGUCCAGGAGCAGCGAGCGGUGAUUCGGCAGAUCCACGAAAGCAAUCAGAUCCUCAAGCAAGAGCUUGCGAUCGAGCUGCGCGAGGCCAAGACGAUGAUGGGUGCGGCCAAGCAGGAAAAGCUCCAGCGCCUCCAGAAGCAGAGCACGUCAUAUACGCAGAAGAUCGAGGUUGAGAAGCGCACGAUCGUCAAGCUUGAGGCUGCGAUCCGUCGGCACCAUGACGAGUUACAACGCGUCCGCGAUGAGUUCGUGCAAAGCGAAAAGCUCGAGUCAGCUGCCGCUGCUAUGCGUCGCCUCCGCGCCCUUGAGAACCGGCUCGAGAUAUCACUCGUCAAGAAGAACGAAGUCGACUCCGUGAACAAGCACCUGCGCCAGCAAAUUGACAAGGUCCGGCGCGACCGGGUCGUUUUUGAUGGUAUCUACAAGAAACUCGAGCGAGAAACGUUCGAGUACAAAGCGCGCCUCGAAGCGGCGACGUCUGAGCUCGCUCGCAGCGUCUCAGGCAAAGUUCAGAUUGAUAAGGAAGUGCACGAACUCCAAGCUCUCGUCGACGCAGAGCAGCAGUCGUAUGAAAAAGAGUUCCGCGAGCUUCGGCUGCUCAUCGCCUCGUCAAGCCACGAGGCCGCGGAGCUCGCGCGGGCAAUUGAGUUGGCCCCCGAAGCCGAGAUUGUCAGCGGCCAGCUGUCGCCUGACCAGGAGCUGACUCUGCACCAUGCCUCGGCACUCUCGUCAUGGAAGAUUGCGUACGAUAAAGCGAUGGCGAGCGCUUCGAGCGCCGAAGCUGUCAAGUACCAACAACUCUUCGAGCACAUCUUUGCCGAGACUGGCGUCCCCGAUGCCGAAAGGCUAACACUUGAAAUUCAGCGCAAGGACGAAGACAACUUCAAAAAAUUCAAGCACGUUGAAGGCCUCCACAAAGAAGUGGACGACGUGCGCAUUGAGUUGGAUCGGACGGUCGCGGCGCUCGAAGCGUACAAGCAGCAGGAAGGACUUGGCGCAAGCGUCCUUGAUAAGACGCACCUUCGUGCGCUCAGUGCCAAGCUGCGGUCCAUCGACGAGCGCAACACCCAGAUGGAUACCGAGUUCGACGAGACGUGCGUGCGUCUCGGGCGGAUCAAGGCGUCCGUGCACUCGAUCUUUACGCUCCUGCAUCAAACAACCGAUAAGCAAAAAACGCCGUCUCACGGUAGCCUUACCGACAUUACGGACGCGAACAUGCUCGAGUACCUCGAAACGAUCGAAAAGUGCGUCAUCGCGCAGCUUACGCCAGCACCAGCCGCCACUCAUAGCGCCGCCAAGCCAAAGUCCAAGCACGCGAUUUCUCCUGCGAGCUUACCUGUGGCCGAGACGUCUAGUAGUUCGGGAGCGCGACUUCUCGACGAAGAUGAACGCGCACUCACCUACGACGAGUUGCGCGAAGCUGCCCAGGACGAAUUUCUGCUGACGGCGCCGUCGUAA